AUGGACUUCUCCGACUCCUUCCGCAUCGUCAACCUCGCCGUGGGCAUCAUCAUGAUCCUCGGCGGCAUCUCGCAGUUCUUCAAUCUAGGCUUCCAAUCCAUCAUCAUCGGGGCGUACGUCAUCGCCUUUGGCGCGGCCGUCGCUUUGCUCGAGUUCCAGAUCCCGCCGCAGGUUUCGCGUUACGCCUCUUUCCUCUUCUCCUUCCUUGGCCGCGGCAUCUUCUACGUCUUCAUCGGCUCCAUCCUCCUCAACAACGGCGUCCUGCGCAUCAUUGCUGGAUCGCUCGUCGGGCUUGUCGGGCUGGGCUACUGCGCGCUCGAGUUCGUGCCGUCGAUUGAGCCGCCUGCCAAUAUGAGGGAGGCUGACCAGGGUUGGGGCGCUGAGCAGGUGUAA